CUCAGAGAUAGAGACUCAGAAACCCAACACAGCUUCACAUCACCAUGCAAGCUCACUGCUCCACACUCUCCCCUAUUUCCCUCGGAAACCCCAACCGCCGAUUCCCCAUCAUCUCCCGUCCUGCGCCUUUUAACGUUUAUCGAUCGAAUGGAGGUGCGGAUUCGUGGGUGGGGAGGAAAAAGAAUAGGGGAGUGACGGUUUCGGCUUCUGAGGAGCAGAGCUCAAAUUCUGAUUUGCCCAAGAGAAGAAAGAUUGUUGAACAUGUAUGUCUGCUUAAAUCGAAGAAGGAUUUAUCUGAUGAGGAAGAGAAGGUUAUGCUGGAUUAUCUUUAUACAACCCAGUAUCAAAUGAGAGGCAUUGUCGCGAUAUCAUUAGGACGCAUCGGUAACCAAAAUCCCGAAAAGUAUAGUUAUGCUUUCUACCUGCGUUUCCAGAGAAAAGAAGACCUUGUAAAGUUUUACCAGCAUCCUUUCUACUUGGGAGUUCUCAAGGAUCAUGUAUCGCCUUACUGCCAUGGAUUGCUAAAUGUAGAUUAUGAGUCUGAAGUAGAAGAUGAUAUCCUUCCUAUAUUCCGAAAAGGAGAGGAAUUCAACUUUGGGGUAGAGUUUGUGCUGCUGAUUUCCUUCAUCAAUAAUGCAUCUGAUCAUGCUGAAGAUGCAUUGGUUUCUUUGGAAGGGCUGCUGAUGGGAUUCCCAUCCUUGAUUGUCCAAUCUACUCAGGGUAUGAAUUUUAACCCCAGCAGCAAGGAGUAUACACACGGAGUGGUUAUCAGAUUCCGGUCAUUUGACGCUUUCGAGAUAUUUAUCGGAAGCUCAGAAUACAAAGAUUUAUGGAAGUCAAAGUUCGAGAACAUCACUCAGAAAACACUUUCUGUUCAUUUUCUAAUUCAACCAGUGGGUAGUGAGAUCAUGUAG